GUCUAUGGUACUCUUCCAUGUGACGGCAUCCCCUUGUUGGGCCCCAUGGUGGGUGGGGUCACUAGGAGCUGAAUAUCUAUUUUUAAAUAUGGAUUCUCAAAAAACAAAAAAUUUAGACAAGCCAACAACGACAACAAAUGAAAAGACCUCCAGUCAGCCAGCGUACUUAGUAGUCCACGCAACUGGAGAAAAACCUUUAUCUAAGUGUUCCCCAUUCUUGAUCCAUAAAUUAUUUGAAUCAACCAUAGGGCAUUUAAGGAAAAUACAGAAAUUGAGGUCAGGUGACCUCCUGGUGGAAACAGCCUCUCCUCAACAAACAACAAAGCUUCUGUCAAUGAAAACACUCGGAGAUAUGGGAGUUUCAAUCACAACACACAAAAGUUUAAACUCAUCACGUGGUGUGAUAUCUGAGACCGACCUAAUGUCUGAAGGUGAAGCAGAUAUUCAGAUCGGUCUUUCAGAUCAAGGUGUCACUGCUGUUCGACGUAUCUCCAUUCGUCGAGACGGUAAGUUAAUACCAACAAAACAUUUAAUUGUGACAUUUGACAAGACAACAUUGCCAUCCUUCAUUACUGCAGGAUAUCUGCGCUGCCCCGUUCGUCCUUACAUUCCAAAUUCGUUGCGUUGCUUCAAAUGCCAGCGGUUUGGACAUUCACAAACAUCUUGUCGAGGCAAAAGCGUAUGUGCACAGUGUGGGAUGGAAGACCACAACAGCACUGAAUGUAAAAGUACCUCAUGCUGUGUAAACUGUAAAGAUGCUCAUCUUUCCUACUCCCGAAAAUGUCCUGCCUGGCAGAGAGAAAAAGAGGUCCAACGGAUUAAAACCGUAAAUAACAUAUCAUACACAGAGGCCCGUCGCAUGGCCAUCCCAAGUGCAUUAACGAAACAAAAGACAUUUGCUGCUGCAGUUAAAAUAUACUAAAACAUGUGGGGUACAAACAGAUAUUUCUGUCUCCCCAAAAGAAUCUCUCACUCGCCACGCAAAAUGUUUGCUAAUCCAAUCGAAACAAACCGAAGAAAAGGAGAGCAUCAAGACAAAGACACCCAUACCUAAAACAGGGGUAGUAACCAGAAACGUGGGUUCUAAGAAAGCAAAUAAGAACCCACUUACCAAACAAAAAUUAAAAGCAGCCUACUCUAAAGCUAAAAGAUCAGAGACUCAGUCCAUGAGGGAGUUCUCUGAUAUCUCUGAAGAAGAGACUAAUUAGGAGGUGACAAAACCAAUAUCACUUCCAAAAGAAAAACUCACUGUGAAAUUAAAGAGGGAUACUCAUGCUAAAAAUGCUGCCUCAAACACAUAAUGGAUUAUAAAAUAAUCCAAUGGAACUGUCGUGGUUUUCGCAACAACUUCUCUGACAUUAAAUACUUGACAUCAUCUAUUCAAUUUCUCUGUGUGGCACUCCAGGAAACUCAUCUAAAUCCUUUAGAAAAUAUUUCUUUAAAAGGAUUCGAUCUCUACCGCAAGGAUGAUGAUAGCCACAACUGUGCCAGUGGAGGUGUGGCUAUUUUGGUUUCCAAUCACAUCCCAUCCUUGCCAGUACAAAUAACCACUGAUUUGCAAGCUGUGGCAGCCAGAAUAUCUAUUGGAGUAACUGUCACAGUUUGUUCUAUAUACUUGCCACCAGAUGUCAGAGUCAAUGAGGAUGAAUUGGAUUCAUUAGUCGAACAGCUGCCAACUCCAUUCCUUUAACUGGGUGAUUUCAAUGGCCACAAUCCUAUGUGGGGCAGUGCCGACAUCAAUCGUCGAGGCAGAGCCAUUGAGAGAUUUAUCGGCAAUCGGGAAAUAUAUUUAUUUAAUACUGGAGAAGUGACAUACUUCCACGCCCCAACAAGGACAUUCACUGCAAUUGAUCUUUCAUUAGCGAGUCCAAACCUGUUUUCAGCAUUUAUAUGGGAGGUUGGAUGUAAUCCACUCUCUAGUGACCACUUCCCAAUAUUUCUAAAAUAUCGAGGCAGAGAAAGUUGUGAAACAGCUUGUCCUCCACGCUGUAAACUUGAUACGGCAGAUUGGCUUGCAUUUUAUCCUGUGGCUGACAUUACAGAGGAAAUGGUCAAUACUGCUGAUAUUAAUGAUGCAGUUGAAGUUGUCACUUCAAGUAUUAUUCACACAGCUGAAAAAACAAUGGGAAAAACAUCCAUGUAAAAUAUAAAAAUUGUGUUUUUAUUUACAAAAAUUUAAUCUAAUUUUUUUCCUCGAUGAUUGUCAAAAUAUGUCCAAUAAUUCUAUAUAAUAAAAAAUAUAUAUUCAUUAUUUCUGAAAUAUGAUAUAUUAAAAACAGGAUUAAUAAUGUGGGGACAUCGCAUUUUAAUUUCGGAAAAUUUUUUUUCCUGGAAUUUUUCAACAUCUAACGAGUCGAUUUAAUGAACAUCACUUCACUCUUAACUAAACAUUUUUCGAUUUUCCCACUUUUAAAAAAAUAAAACCGUAUUUUUUGAAAAAAUUGUUGAUAGUGAAUACAAUAUUCUUGUGGUACAUCUGCUGAUUGCCAUCAUUUUUACUGCGAUAUGUUAAAAUGAGCUUAUGCAAGCUGUUACAAAAUCUAACAGUUUUUUUUCACUGGGGGUUAAUUUUCUUCAUUGUAAUUUCAGGAUGAAUGAAAUUAACAAUUCCAAAAUUUUUUGAAUUAACCUCCACAUAUCUAAUCUGCCUCGUUAAGAACACAUUGUAGAGUUGUAAGAGGGUCUUAUUUUGAAAUUUAAACACCUGACAAUUGAUUAUAACUUCUGGAUUAUCUGUACAAUAAAAGUUAAUUUAUAUAUAUGUAAUAAUAAUACUAAACAUUCAAAAAAAAACUUGCUAUUUAUUUUUGCUAAUUUCCAGCAAUCAACUGUCGUCAUUUUCUUUUAUUAGAAGGUGCUUUUUGAAACUAUUCCUGACACUCAGGUGUUAUUUAUACUAAACCAGGAGUGGUAUAGGAUUUUCCUUAAUAAAAAACUUCCACAUUUAGCUUCACCCACAAAAAUAAGUAACCGGAUUUUUUUCAUUUGGUUUGAUAAGACUUGUUAUGGAGUGCGUAUUAGUCUAAUUUAUAAUGUUUUUAAUAUAUUUUUUAAAAAUUUGCGAGUUAGCACUAUUUAUUCAGAAAUUUAAAAAUGUAACCGAUUUUGUACAACCAUAAUCAUCUGAUUUGCUGUGAAUAAUGAGCUGUUUUUAUAUAUGAGUUAGGCUUAGAUAUAAUGCCGAUUAUGUCCAGCAGAAUUGCAUACUUUUUAGUUUUGUUAAAAAUGUUUUCAAUACUCAAAAAAUAUAAACAAGUUUUAUUUAAUACACAUUUGUUUUAAGGCCUCCAUCUCCGUCUUUU